GUUUCCUGGCAGACGCAAUGGGGCAGGUUGAAGGUCCCCAAUCUAAAACCUGCAGCUCAAACCCCGCCCCUUAGCUUGCUGAAGUUUCGCACGAGUCUCUGAACGCUGCGCCGUAAGGUCCUUUCAGGGGUGUAGUGCCCAUGGCUUUUUUGUGCAUUUUUUUGUUUUUUCAGUCUCAUAAAUUCUGGGGUGAUAGGUAAAGGAUCAGCCAAAUUGGGUUUUACCCUUCCUCCUUUAGCGAGGAAGUUGUUCUAGGGCUCUAGAUCUUCUAAUACAGCGCAGUUAGUAAUACAUCGCUGACAGGACCGUGCGCGACUGCUUUUGAGAGUCCGAGGAGGAGGGGAGCGAAUGUAAGAGAUUCCGGAGAGUCGCCGCGCACACACCCCUUGCGGCCAGAGUACGGACUGGGGAUUUUACAGACAUGUUUGGGGAGGAUUAUUGAUUCCGGGGUGCUGCUUGUUCCGACGGGGCAGGAAGGAGCGAAGGAAGGAAGAGGAGUUGCGGCGAGGAGGAAGAGAGAGAGAGGGGGGGCAUACAAAAUGGCGGACAGGCUGCGACUCCUGCCUGUGUGAGAGUGUUCGGGAGCACCGGUUAAGACGUGUCACGGCGGAGUUUACACCGUGCGAGUGGGAUUGCAGAGUCGCGACACGGUGACCACCUAAACCAUGGUUGCAUUCUGGCUUUGACCUCACUAUUUGUGAGAACAUUGUCUCCCAUCAUGUCAAGUUCAGGAUACCCUCCCAAUCAAGGGGCUUUCAGCACAGAACAGGGUCGUUACUCUUCUCACCCCGUACAAUACACCUUCCCCAGCAGUCGGCAUCAACAGGAAUUUCCUGUUCCUGAAUAUCGAUCUUCUCACUUGGAAGCAUCCCAGCUGUUACAGCAGCAGCAGCUUCGGAGACGGCCUUCUUUGUUGUCAGAAUUUCACCCAGUGUCUGACAGACCCCAAGACAGGAGACAAGGCUAUGAGCAACAGUACCAUUCCGUUACCCAAAAUGAGCAUGAAGCCCUGGAAUCCAAACGACCUCGAUUAGAUGUGUCGGAUUCUCAUUACAGAGUCGGCGCUGCUUCAGUUGUACCUUUGGUUCCCACCAUCCAGGAGGGUGUCCGAGUGCAAAGUGAAGUUAAGAAGGAACAGGGUUUGCCCAGCAAACAUGAGACUACUUCGUCACCUCUUUCUGGACAACCUGGAGAGGAACAGGAAGCCUCUCCAUCUAAACUUUCUAAAGAAGAACUUAUACAAAGUAUGGACCGCGUUGACCGCGAGAUUGCUAAAGUUGAACAGCAAAUCUUAAAGUUGAAGAAAAAACAGCAACAGCUUGAAGAAGAAGCAGCAAAACCUCCAGAGCCAGAGAAGCCCGUCUCCCCUCCACCUGUGGAACAGAAGCAUCGCAGUAUAGUCCAAAUUAUUUAUGAUGAAAACCGGAAAAAAGCAGAGGAAGCACAUAAGAUCUUAGAAGGUCUAGGUCCAAAAGUAGAGCUGUCAUUUCUUUUGCAGCCUCUUUACAACCAGCCCUCAGACACAAAAGUUUAUCAUGAAAACAUCAAGACGAAUCAGGUGAUGAGGAAAAAACUAAUACUGUUCUUUAAGAGAAGAAAUCAUGCUAGAAAACUAAGGGAACAGAACAUUUGUCAGCGCUAUGAUCAGCUGAUGGAGGCUUGGGAGAAGAAAGUUGACAGGAUAGAAAAUAAUCCUCGGAGAAAAGCAAAGGAGAGCAAAACCCGAGAAUAUUAUGAGAAGCAAUUUCCUGAAAUAAGGAAGCAGAGAGAGCAGCAGGAGCGUUUCCAGAGGGUUGGGCAGAGAGGAGCUGGGCUGUCAGCAACCAUAGCCAGGAGUGAACAUGAAAUAUCUGAAAUUAUUGAUGGUCUUUCUGAACAGGAGAAUAAUGAAAAGCAGAUGCGCCAACUCUCAGUCAUUCCACCCAUGAUGUUUGAUGCGGAGCAAAGGAGGGUAAAAUUCAUUAAUAUGAAUGGUUUGAUGGAGGAUCCCAUGAAGGUGUACAAGGACCGGCAGUUUAUGAAUGUGUGGACUGACCACGAAAAGGAGAUUUUUAAAGAAAAAUUUGUACAACACCCUAAAAACUUUGGACUGAUAGCCUCGUAUCUGGAAAGAAAGACUGUUUCAGACUGUGUUUUAUAUUAUUAUUUAACUAAGAAAAAUGAAAAUUUUAAAGCCCUUGUGAGAAGAAACUACCCUAAAAGGAGAGGACGCAACCAGCAACAGAUAACCCGCCCUGCCCAAGAAGAAAAGGAAAUUGAAAAAGUAGAAGAGGAAAAAGCAGAAAGAAAUGACAAAAAGGAAGAAGAAAGAAGGGAAGAAGAAGAAAAGGAAGAGAAAGAGGAGCUUAGAGAUGGCACCAAAGACAGAACCGACGCUAUAGCCGAAGAUGGGGAAGAUAAAGAGCAAUCCACGCCAAGGGGUCGUAAAACUGCAAAUAGCCAAGGCAGACGAAAGGGUCGAAUUACCAGAUCCAUGGCAAGUGAAGCUGCUGCUGCAGCAAAUGCUGCCUCCACUGCAACUACUGCUCCAGCCACCACCACUAGCACCACCGCAACUACCACCACUGCUGCGCUUGUUCCUGUGGCACCACCCCCAGAGGAACCAACCCCUCCUCCAACACAAGAACAAACUUCGGCAGACACCGUGGAGACCUCCCGUUGGACUGAAGAAGAAAUGGAAGUUGCUAAAAAAGGUUUGGUUGAACAUGGUCGGAACUGGGGAGCAAUUGCCAAGAUGGUGGGAUCAAAAAGUGAAUCCCAGUGUAAAAAUUUCUACUUUAACUACAAGAGACGACACAAUCUAGACAACUUGCUUCAGCAGCACAAACAGAAGUCGUCCCGGAGGCCGCGGGAAGAACGUGAUGUAUCUCAGUGUGAAAGUGUUGCUUCUACUGUGUCUGCACAGGAAGAUGAAGAAAAUGAAGCCUCUAAUGAGGAGGAGAACGCUGAAGACAGUGAAGGUGCAGAAAACAGUUCAGACACUGAAAGUGCUCCAUCUCCUUCACCUGCUGAAGCAGCCAAAUUAGGUGAUGACGCUGUCGAUAGAACCACUUCUUCAGUAUCCAUAGAAGCACCUCCAGAACAAGAUGCUGCUAGCAAAUCUGUUUCCGAUUCAUCUCCCACUCCAACAGUAGAAAAUAUAAAGCCCCCAGAGACCCAGUAUACAGAGCUUAAAGUGAAGGAAGAAAUAAGCACUGAGACUGAGGAGGCCAUGGAGGUAGAAGAGAGAAGUCAGGGUGCAGAAAUUAAAUCAACACUUAGCCUCCCAGUGCAGACUAAAGCAGAACCUGAUGAGGUAGAAUCAAAACCAUCUGAGAGUGCAGAAGUUAAAAUAGAGGAGGACACAAAAGACCAGGAUAUGGAAAGAUUAAUGGAUAGAGCAGAGGCUACUGAUAUGGUAUAUGCACCACCCCUACAUAUCAGUCGUGGCAGGCAAGAGUCACAAUCAGACAAUGACUCCAGUGCUACCUGCAGUGCUGAUGAGGAGGUUGAUGGAGAACCUGAAAGGCCAAGGAUAUAUACUUUGGAUUCAAAGCCUUCCUUGUUGAAUCCAGCAGGAACUAUUUUGAUUUCCUCCUCCAUGAAACAGGGGCCAAUGGAUUUACAGCAGUUACAGCACCGUGCCGCUGUAAUACCACCAAUGGCGUCCUGUAGUCCUUGUAAUAUAACUACGGGAACAAGCAACUUUUCCAUGUACCAGAGGCAUCUCUAUGAAAAUAAUCUUCUAGAAGAGCAAAGACAGCGACAAGAACAGCUGAGUUUGGAAAGCAGAAUGUCAGCCAGCCCAGGAAACAUGUCUAAGAGCCCAAAUAUGGAUUGGGAAGGAAAAUCAGUCUAUAUGCCUUACACUGAAGUCAAGCGUGCUUUUGAGCAUGAAGCACAAAUGCAAAAUGUUGCCAGGUCUGUUUCGCCAUACCGGCUCUCUCCUAGAGAAGUCAGCAGAGCUUCUCCACAAGUAGAUAUGAAUCCAGCUCGUUACUGUGUCCCUCCAGUAUUACAGCCUGCUCCACAUCAAGUCAUUACCUCCUUAUCAGAUGGUGCAAGAUUGCCAGUGACACGCCCAACCCGUCCUCCUCCACCACUUAUCCCAUCCUCCAAAACAUCAGCAACUUCUUCUGAUAAGCCAUCUUUCAUUACAGGAGGCUCAAUAUCACAGGGAACGCCUGGCACUUACUUAACAUCUCUCAGCCAGUCCUACAGCCAGGAAACAGUUAAACCCUCUGUGGGUUCCAUCUCUCUUGGCCUCCCAAGGCAACAAGAGUCUGCAAAGACUGGUUCUGUGACCUACAUUAAGCAAGAAGAGUUCUCUCCUCGAGGCCAGAGCUCUCAGCCUGAAGGACUUCUAGUGAGGGCACAGCAUGAAGGUGUUGUCCGAGAUGUUGGUACAGGUACUAUGACUGCAAUUCAGGAGGGGAGCAUCACUAGAGGCACUCCAGCAACCAAAGUUCCAAUAGAAGCUGUUUCCACCCUUCGAGGGUCCAUUACUCAGGGUACACCAGCUCUUUCACAGUCUGGUAUUGCUGCUGAUGUCUUGUUAAAGACGACCAUCACUAGACUGGCGACAGAGGAUAUUGGUAGUCCAGAGAGGUGCCGAGAUGAAACCUCUGCUAAAGGGCAUGUUAUAUAUGAAGGAAAGAGUGGGCACAUUGUUUCUUACGACACAGCUAUCAAGAAUAUGCGAGAAGGAACCAGGAGCCCAAGAACAGCACCUGAGGUGACUUUAAAGAGGACAUUUGAUACCAUGGAGGGAAAUAUUAAGCAAGCCAUGUCUGUAAGAGAAGCUGCUGUAUCGGGACCUAUGGAAGGACUGAUAUGUCGUACACUGCCUAAAGGAAGUACACAUGCAGAAAUCAAAGAUAGGCAAGUCUUAUCUGGCUCAAUCAUGAAAGGCACUCCAAGAACAACAUCAGACAGCUUUGAGGAUGGCCUUAAAUAUGCAAAGCAAAUAAAACUCGAAAGUCCUCCUAUAAGAUCCUUUGAGGGAGCCAUCUCGAAAGGGAAACCUUAUGAGUGCGUCACCACAAUCAAAGAAAUGGGGCGAUCUAUUCAUGAAAUUCCCAGGCAAGAUCUUGGAAGCCAAGAAAGUCGCAAGACCCCUGAAAGUUCAAGGCAAAUAAUAGAAGGUUCCAUUUCCCAGGGCACACCCAUAAAAUAUGAAGGCACUUCAGGGCAAUCUGCUAUCAAACACAAUGUGAAGUCUUUGAUAACAGGUCCAAGUAAUCUGUCUCGAGGGCUACCUCAGAUGGAAGUUAUGCCUGAAAAUUUGAAAAUGGGGGAACGUUCAAAAUAUGAAGACACCAAGUCAUCUGAGGCUAUCAGGUCACGCCAUACAUCUGUUGUCAGUUCAGGUCCAUCUGUGCUCCGAUCAACCUUGCAUGAAGCUUCUAAGUCUCAGUUAAGUCCUGGGGUUUAUGAAGACAACAAUGCUAGGAGGACUCCAGUCAAUUACCCCAGCCCCAUGUCAAGAAGCUCCCCUAUGGCACGCUCAGCAGAGGUUGGGCUUACCCCAGGCAAGUCUUCCAGCCAUGAAAGAAAAAGCACUUUGACCCCCACCCAGAGAGAAAACAUAGUUGUGAAGUCACCUGUUCCUGGCGUGGACCCUACUGCAGCACAUAGUCCUUUUGACCCUCAUCUCCGAGGUGCUCCACCUGGAGAUGUUUAUAGAACCCAUUUGCCUCCUCACCUAGACCCUGCUCUUCAGUUCCACAGACCAUUAGACCCUGCUGCUGCUGCUGCUGCUUACUUAUUUCAACGGCAGCUCUCACCCACACCCGGUUACCCUAGUCAGUACCAACUGUAUGCCAUGGAGAACACAAGGCAGACAAUCCUAAACGACUACAUAACUUCACAACAGAUGCAGGUUAAUUUGAGGCCGGAUGUUGCUAGGGGACUUUCCCCCAGAGAUCAGGGGCUAGCUAUUCCAUAUCCUGGAGCCAGAGGGAUUAUUGACCUUACCAAUAUGCCUCCAGCAAUACUAGUCCCUCAUCCAGGUGGCACGAGUACACCACCCAUGGACAGGAUUACAUACAUUCCUGGCACACAGCUGGCUUUUCCUCCUCGGCCUUACAACCCUGCUUCCAUGUCUCCAGGGCAUCCCACACAUUUAGCUGCUGCAAAUUCUGUCAGUGCUGAACGGGAAAGAGAACGGGAGAGAGAUCGUGAGAGAGAUCGGGAAAGAGAAAAGGAGCAACGUGAAAGGGAAAGAGAUCGCGAGAGAGAAAGAGAGAGGCUCGCUGCUGCUCCCAGCGAUCAUUACCUACGACCUGUCAGUGAACAGCCAGGCAGGCCUGGUAGUCAUGGCUUUGUGCGCUCACCAUCCCCUUCAGUCAGAGCCCAGGAAAGCAUUAUGCAGCAAAGGCCAAGUAUUUUCCAGGGAACUAAUGGAAAAAGUGUUAUCACACCCUUGGAUGCUGCUCAGCUUCGGAUCAUGCCUCCCACCCCAGGAGCAGCCUCUAUUACACAGGGGAUACCUGCCUCCCGUUACAGCACAGCCGCAGAUGCAUUGGCCGCACUUGUUGAUGCAGCAGCUUCUGCUCCCCAAAUGGAAGUUGUAAAGCCAAAGGAAAUGAAACACGACCCUGCCCGUUCUGAAGAGAGUCUAAGCAGGCGUAAUGUACUGGAGCAGCAGCAGCAGCAGCAACAGAUAGAUUGUGAAAGGAGGGUGAUGCAGAGCCCUUACACAUCCUCCAGCUUCUCUGGCAGCAAGUCACAGGGUCAGCCAUCCCCUGCUGUCUAUUCAGAAGCAGGCAAGGAGAAAACAGCGCACACAAAGUCACGCUAUGUGGAGGAGCUAAGAAUGCGAGGAAAGACCACUAUCACCGCAGCAAACUUUAUUGAUGUUAUAAUCACUCAGCAGAUCGCUUCUGACAAAGAUGGCAGAGACAGAAAUUCACAAAGCUCAGACUCUUCAAGCAGCCAUUCAUCACAUCGCUAUGAUGCUCCCAGAGACACUAUAGAAGUGAUCAGCCCAGCAAAUUCACCAGUUCAGGAAAAGGAGUCCUACCCACCAGAGAUACCCAAAUCAAGCCAAACAGAGACAGGUGAAAGCAGUCGGAAAUAUGAGGGGCAGCCCAAUCGCUACCGGCAGCAGCAGGAGUCUCCUUCUCCACAACAGACCAUUCCUGGGCAUGUACCACAAACCCAUCGGCUCAUUACACUAGCUGAUCACAUAUGUCAAAUUAUUACCCAAGACUUUGCCAGGAAUCAGCCAGUAAACCAGGCUUUGCAGCAGCCUCCUGCAUCUACAUUCCAGAGCACAAACCCCUCAUCCACACCAGUGCGAACGAAGGCAUCCAGCAGGUUCAGCCCCGAAUCUCAAGUACAGCCUGUGCAUAAUCAGCGCCCUGCCUCAAGGGUGUCUCCGGAAAAUGUGUUGGACAGACCUAGAGGAAGGCCUGGAAAGUCUCCUGACAGAGGGCACAUCUCUGAGCCAUAUGAGCCUAUCUCUCCUCCACAAGCACCUCUCUUGCAUGCUAAACAAGACAGUAUGCUGUUACUUUCCCAGAGGCAGGAGCCCCCUGAGCAGAGGAAUGACUCUCGUUCCCCAGGAAAUAUUAGUUAUCUGCCCUCAUUCUUCACUAAAUUGGAAAAUACAUCCCCCAUGGUGAUGUAUAAGAAGCAAGAGAUCUUUCGUAAGUUGAACUCUUCAGGUGGCGGUGACUCUGAGAUGGCAGCUGCACAACCAGGAACCGAGAUCUUUAACCUGCCAGCUGUCACUACCUCUGGUGCAAUCAGCUCUCGGGGCCAUUCAUUUGCUGACCCAGCCAGCAACCUAGGUCUGGAGGACAUUAUCCGCAAAGCACUAAUGGGCAACUUUGAUGAUAAAUCAGAAGAUCAUAGUGUACUGGUGGGUGUAGCACAAGGGAACCCAUCGGGGACACAGAACAGCGAAGCACGCAGAGAAGAGGCAAACCCAUCACCUAAUUCAGGCGGAGGAACCCACAAGCAAAAGUUGAUAAGCAAAUAUGGCAGUCGCAAAACGAAGUCACCCAUAUCUGGCAGUCAGACUUACUUGGGGGCUGAACGGCCCUCUUCUGUCUCCUCUGUUCAUUCCGAAGGAGAUUACAGGCAGGCUUCAGCAUGGGCCUGGGAAGACCGACCUUCUUCCACAGGUUCAACUCAGUUUCCAUACAAUCCUCUAACCAUGGGAAUGCUGAACAGCACACCACCAUCCUCUAUGUCCUGUGCCCCCACGUCCAUGACUCAGACCUCUGCGCAUCAGCAGAGCCGCAUCUGGGAGCGGGAGCCUGCGCCUCUCCUUUCUGAACAGUAUGAAACUCUGUCAGACAGCGAUGAGUGAAAGGGGUGAGACAUUGCGCACAGCCUAGUCUGUGUGUCCAGAUGUCCCUUCCUGUCUGUCGGUCCUUUCUGAGAGAGAUGCAGAGAGGAGCAACCAGACACAUGGAAGAUGGAGCAGGAAAUCUGAAGCCGUGUACAAAUGAUGAUAAAAUACAAGCACUGGCCUGCUUGGCUGGUUAGGAGAAUGUAAUUAAUAAAGCCCAGGCUCUUCAUAAAAUAUGUAAAGAAGUUUUAAAGAGAGAAAUGGACAAUUAUCAAUUUACACUUGUUUGUAAAGAAAACCUUAAUGUCUUUAAAUCAUUCUUCUGUAAAUAUUUGCAGUGUUUUUUUUUUUCUUUGCUCUAGUAACUGGUGUAUGUAUGGUUCAAUUGGGGCAGUGGCUCCCGAGGACAUUUAUUUUGUAUAAUUUUUUCUCAAACCGUGCUAAAUUUACUUCCUGGGGUCAGAGGUCAGACCCUAACCAUGUUCUUUAGUCCCACCCCUUAAGAUGAAAGGCCUAGUACAAUUUAGGGCUUCAUCCUCACUCGUUCUGCCCCAUAAGGGAGAUUUAUUAACACAGUAUUCCGCUAACGGCUCUGGUUAUUCUGCCUUCCCACUAGCCCAUUGCAAGCAGAACAUCUCAGCAUCAACCAUUUGUGCACUGUUUGCGAAGCAGAGGUUCUCCCCUUUAUAGCAGAACUGUGAGUGAAGCUUUCCUGCACUAGCAAUGACCAUUGCAAAACUCAAUGUCUGUGAAUUUUAGGUUCUGGGUUUUUAUCCACUGCAGGAACACGUCCCCCAGGGUAAAUAGUUGUGUAUAGAUGGGAUUGUUACCAAUCUUUAUGCUGUCAGGUUGGUAGCUUUUAAAUGCUUUUUUUUUCUCCUAACAAUUUCAUUUAAUUAUGUUCAUGGAUUGUAAUAAAAACUGGUUUCCUGCAGAAUAAUACACA